AUGUCACAAAUCUUCGAGCAAUUUUGUAUCAAUUUGACAAAUGAGAAGUUACAGCAGCAUUUCAACCAGCAUGUCUUCAAAAUGGAGCAAGAGGAAUAUACAAAGGAAGAAAUUGAUUGGAGUUAUAUAGAGUUCGUUGAUAAUCAAGAUGUUCUCGAUCUUAUUGAGAAGAAACCUGGCGACGUUAUUGCUCUUCUGGACGAGGCCUGUAUGUUUCCAAGAUCAACGCACGAAACAUUUGCUGAAAAGCUAUAUCAAACACUUAAGGACAAUAAGCGAUUCAGCAAACCGAAGUUGUCACGAACUGACUUCACCAUCAAUCACUAUGCUGGUGAUGUCAUGUAUCAAACUGAUCUUUUCCUUGAUAAAAACAAAGACUAUGUUGUUCCAGAACACGCUGCGCUGCUCUGUGCUUCCAAGUGCUCCUUUGUUUCAGGACUUUUCCCACCUUUACACGAGGAAAGUACUAAAUCAACAAAGUUUUCUUCUAUAGCCACUCAGUUUAAGCAACAACUGCAAUCUUUGCUUGAAACAUUGAGUGCGACUGAGCCACACUACAUUCGUUGUGUAAAGCCAAAUAAUCUUCUUAAGCCGGGGAUAUUUGAGAACAACGAUGUGUUACAGCAGCUUCGAUGUGGGGGUGUAAUGGAGGCAAUUAGGAUAAGUUGCGCUGGAUAUCCAACUCGAAAGAACUUUGAUGAAUUUGUUCAACGGUUUAGUAUAAUGGAACCUAAGGUUCUAAAAUCAUGUCCUGAUGAGAUGACGGCUUGCAAGAGACUUCUAGAUAAAGCAAACCUUAAAGAUUAUCAGGUUACAUUGAAUCAUAGAUGA